AAAAGAAAAAAAAAAAAAAUCGCCAUUAGCCAACAAAAAACAGCGAAGCUAAGCUAGAUAGAGAGAGACAGUGAGAGAGUAGAGAGAGAAUCAAGAAUUUUUUUGAAGAGUAGACAGCCCACGAUCUAAUUCCUCACCAUAGCUGUAGAGCACCUCAAUAUCUACCAUGCCUUCAGGCUCAAAGAAGCGAAAAGCUGCCAAGAAAAAGAAGGAAAAUCAAACCGACAACAACAAUAACCCAAACCCUUCUCCUGUUUCUACUGAAGCUCAUGGUGAUGGUGUUGAUGUGAAGCCCCAAGAUGAUAAGGACAGUGAUGCCGGUGAGGUUAGCUCACCUGCUUCGCAAGACCACCAUAGCCGCCAAAAUAAUUAUUCCAGUGGGGAAGAUGAAGAAAGAGAGAAUAUUUCAAAUCCUCCUUUGGUAGGAAAAGAAGAUAUCAAUGAUGAUGUUAUUGACGAGCCGCUAAAAAAAACCGAGGCUGAGGAGGGUUUUGUUCCGGUCGAAAGGGAAUCCACAAUCGAAAAGGAAUCUGAUAAAAAUGACAAAAAUUUCGAGCAUGAUGAGAUUGCGAGUAAGUCUUACGAUGGAGCUCCUUCUCGAAGCUCGAGCAGUCUUAGCAGCUCGGAUGACGAGUCGAAUGGAAUCAAGAACAGCAAAUCAGAAAAUGCCGAAAAUGCCCCUUCUGAUAUUGUCUCGGAGGAUACAUCUUUGUCGGGCGAGAAAGUGAAAAUCGAUGCGAGUUCUGAAGAUAAUAACUCCAAAGCGCCUUCUAUAGACGAACCUGAAAUUAAUGAUGGUGAGCUGGAAAAGCGGAGUCUUGUUGAAGAUAAAGUUGGCAUUUUAGAGAAGGAGGUAAUUAUUAUUCCUUCUGUCGAGAAUGUUGGUGCAAUGUCUGAUACAAGAGAGUGUGUAGCACAAGAAAGUGAUGAUCGUUUGAGCCUUUCCCAUUGUUGGCCCAUGCUCCACAUACAGAAGGACUUGCACAAAGAACAUCGUGGAAAAGUUGUUGUGGGUUGUUUGAAGUGUUUACUGGAUCUGCUCGAUAAUUUAAAGUGGAAAUGGACUUCUUGAGUGUCGACGUACCGAUUCGUUGAGGACAGUUUUAUAUUGAUUGAAGUUUGUUUUCUUCUUCUUCUCCUUUCUUUCUUUUUUUUUUUUUUUUUUUUUUUUUUUGAAUUNCCUUUAGUUUGAAUUUCAUGUUACUGUUGUUAAAGUGUCAACUUUAUAAAGUCCUAUCUUUGUCAAUCCAUAAUGGUUUCUUACCAUGAGUUUU